GCCAACAUCUGGCGAUCAUUACGGGAAAAAAAGCAGGAUAAGCUCAAAAAGAAGGGAAUAUUGAAAAGAAAACGAAAUUAUAUUCUAGUUUAGAACAGAGGAGCGACGAUUCAACGAAGGGAUCAUAGAAUUAGAUUGGAAAUGAAUUGUAUUUGGUGGAAAGAACACUAACUUUGAAAGGAAACCCGAGUUGGCAAAUACGAAGGACUUCGAUCAUGAAGAUUACCAUAGCCUUGAUAUUGCUAAUUACGGCCAAUUUCAUACGAGGUCUUCCGGUUGAUCGGGAACUUUUACGAGUCAAAAGAAAAGGAGAGGGAGAGAUUGACAACAACGAAGAGACUUUCCAUAGAGUGCGAAGAUCACAAGACGACUUAGAAAGUGAAAUUAGACGUAAAAGACGAUUCUUUGCCCCGAACACACCGACACAAGAGACCGAGGACAGUUAUAAAACAAAAAUGGAAGCUAGAUCGUCUCGUUCAUCCCGUGAGGAUAGGGACAUCACGGCAAAACGACCCGAGAGAUUUCGUCUCCGAAUUAGAAAAAGAAGCCAGGACGGAAGUUCCAUACUCCGCGGCGAUACUCCCGGCUCCGGUUCUCUGCCAGGAUCGGGUUCUUCCGGGGCAGGGUUGUGGAUGGGACCACUGUUAGAAAAAAAGAACGAUAAACGAAGCGCAGGUUCAAACUCGCUGGAUAAUCUUAUAGCUACGUUACGAGCGAUCAGUUCUCUAAGUCCUGAUGAAGAUGACAAUUCGGCGGAAGAAGUCAGAUCCUCUGGUUCAGGUCUGUGGAUUGCGCCUGAAAGUACAGUUGAUAAUAAACUGCCACAGUUUUUUCAGGAGGAGGCAAACUCUGGUAGCGGUGAAAACCCGGAGAAAGCUUUAAGGCUGCUGAGUGAAACAGCCCAGAGAGAGUUAAACCAAAAAGCAAAUGAAGUUGGCAGUGGUGCGGAGCAGAGAGUACAAAAUGAUGACAAAAAGGAAACCGAGCAGCAGACUGGCGAGAGACUUUUUAGACGAGAAAUAGAGAGCGACGCGCCUGCAGAUGAUUUAAUUGCUGCUAAUGAGAAUCAGGAUAAAAGAGGCGACUCUGAACAGGAAGACAAUCCAGCCUCAUCUUCAGGAUCCGCUGAUGAUUGGCAAGAAAUCGAAGAUAAGAUUUCAGAACAACCAGAUGAAAAAGUUACGCGGUCGCUAACAGAAGCCUUACUUCCAGACGCGUAUUACCGCACAAAGAGGUCAUCUCAAGAAAAUGCGUUUCUGGUUUCAGACCACAGUCUCGGUGAAAAUGACGCCCUUAUUGGCGAUAGCCUCGUGGCGCGGUUUUACCGCGAUCAAGACGCAGUUUCCGAUGACGUCACAGAAACUUCGAUGACAUCCCUUCCUAGCGAGACCCAGUCCCUUUCAAGUCCCGAAACCCAAGAAAAACCUGUAAAACGAGAACUGGAAAAUCAUAACUUUAGAGACUUCUCAGAGCCAAGGGUUGUGUACACAAGGCAGAUUAGAGAAGCUCGAGAACCUAUCAUAGAAAGACCUGCCGUUUACUCACAAAUCGAAGACGAGAGUAAGAUGGAUUCCAGCUUCGGAGGCGAAGACGAUGACGACGACGAACCAACUUUAACGAUUCAUGAAAGAGAGAUUAGAGAAGACGGAUAUGUCGGCUGUUACGAGGACAAGGCUCCCGACCGAGAUCUUCCCUCCAUAGUCUCAGUUCCCAAACUGACUCCAGACUCAUGUCGUAGUGCAUGCCGGACAGCAGGUCACGCUUAUGCUGGAGUGCAGUAUGGGUAUUUGUGCAGGUGUGGCGAUUCGUACGGGAAGUACACAAAGGUUUCAGACGAAGAAUGUAAUACUCACUGUACUGGAGAUCAUGCUCAGAAAUGUGGAGGAUUCUGGAGAAGUGCAAUAUUCACGACUGCCGGAGCAAUGGAACCCACAAAGCGUGGAAACUUCUUUCACAUUGAAAGUGUUCGGCCUAUGACAGAAGAAGAUCUUUUUGACAUUCCGCGCAGCGACAUCGCUUCUGGUGGUGAAGCAGAGGCAGAGGAACAUCAGCAACCAAUAAUCACAGAAACCUUUCACUUGACAGCUUCAGAAUCCCCUGCGACUGAAGUAACGGCAGCUGAAGUGGUAACUACCCCACUCGAGUCGUCUGGUAAUUAUGUGCAGGAGAUACACAGAGAACCAUCUCUCCAAGAAUCCCCUGUGCAAUCACUUCCCAUAGAGACAGCCCAGGAAGACAAUUCUUUAAACACGCAUGCGUCAGGCGAAGAGCACCCACAUGAGAAAGCAGACUCUACGCAUGCUACAGUAUCUGCUUCUACAGUUGAGCCCGAUUCUGCGCAUGCUGCAGAUAUCUUACCUGCGAUCGCAAUUUCUGAAGCUCCUCCUCAAGCUUUGACCCAAUCUGAACCCAAACCAUCCUCCGGUUCGCCUGCAAUAGCUACUCAACCGGUACCGAGUGUGGUUCAUCCUCAACACAAUGAAACGCCACAGGGUACCCACGGGAGUCGACUGAUUUACUUGCAUCAGCAACAGGAUAUUUUGUCAAAACCAACUCCAAAAACUAUCGUGGCAGUGGCUCCGGGAAAGCUCAAGGAAGGAACUGUCGUCUACACGGGAACAAUCAAGCUUAAACAAAGCUGGCUGGACCAGUUUGAAGAUGCCAAAAGCGCAGAGUCAAAAAUAUUAACAGGAAAUAUCGAGCAAGCGUUCAAGCGUGUGUUCAAGAAUGAUCCAAAAUUUGUCAAGGCCGAGGUUGUAGGAUUAAGGGAAGGCCUCGUGAAACACAACCCGAACACCAUACGUAAGGUGAUUGCACCGUUCAUUUUGACGUUCAAGAACGGCAUCCAAGGCAUCGAGGAGAAACUAAAGAACAUGGUACAGAAUGUGGGGAAACUUGAUGAUAUGCCUGUGUAUAAACAUUCACUCCAAUUGUCAGAAUAUAGUCAUUCACCAGCUGUAGGAAAAGCACCGGAAACAAUGGACGAGGCAAGCAAAGUGGACCUCGUUGAGGAGGAUAAGAAGCGGAGUACUGUCAAUAUUCCAAACGGUGGAGUUGAUCCUUUCCUUAAAGGAAUAUUUAGACAGAUUUCGGCGUGAGCUCUAGUUUAGGUUUCACUAUUUCAGGUAAGAUCUGUCAUCCACGUCGUGAAAAAAAAAAUAAUAAAGUGUAUGCUGUAACGGUACUUGACACAACCAAAAUAAAUUGAUAUAUCAAAACAUACGAAUAAACAGACAAAAUGCAAAUAGUUCGUCUGUGAAACUUUCAAGUUUGUCAGUUUUUGCAACGGAAAUAUCAUGAUUACUAUAAAACUGACAUGCUUCUCUUUACUGAUCCUAGAGAAACCAUACACCUUACAGCUUUUUCUAAUGAAAGACUUCUUCGGAAAGAAAAAAAGAAACUCACAAUCAUUUAGGGAAUAAAGAGACAAGCCGAGUGAAUUGAAAAAGAUCUA